ACGAAACUUGAAAGAUAUACUGCUGGGAUUACUAUCUAUCUCACCUGCAAGCGAUAUAAUGAUUUCCAACUUCAUGAGGGUCCUUUUGCUUUUGCCAUCAUCCUGCAUGCACAGGAUGAUUGGCGUCUACGCAGGAAUUCCGGUCCCCGAAGAAUUCUUCGAGUCGCAAAAGAUUGACCACCUCGGUGUCACCGACCACGACGGGGUUUGGUCCCAGCGCUACUAUUCCUAUGGGAAACACUUUGAUGGUCCCGGGCAUCCCAUUUUCUUGAUUCUUGGUGGCGAGGGGGGAAUCUCUCCCGAUGCGGGCAUCGUGUAUCCAUUUGUGGGAGACCACCUGGCAAAAACCUUUGGGGCAUACGUCUUGCAGCCAGAACACCGCUUUUAUGGAAAAUCCAGACCGAUUCCUGGGCCAACGGUCCAUCUUCGGUCUACGAAACACUCCAAUCAUUAUAUCGACGAAGAAAAGGAAGAUCCACGCGUGAAACUCUUUACUUCCGAACAAGCCCUGCACGACGCCAUGACGUUGCUGGAGCACGUCCGCAACGACCUGGGCUGCUCGCCGUCGAAGGACGACCCCUCCCUGUACUGCCCCGUCAUUACCGUUGGAGGAAGCUAUCCGGGCUUUCUUUCGGCCUUUGCCCGCAUUUUGUUUCCAGAGGUUGUCGACAUGGCCUACGCCGCCAGUGCACCCAUGAAAUUUUACGCCCAAGAAACCAGCGUACACGCCUAUUACGACCACAUAACCGAUGUUGCGGAAGAUACCCUAUCGGGGUGUGCGGCGGGCGUCAAGCUGAGUUUGUUGGAGAUCGAGCGCAUGAUUCAGAACACGAAGAGUAGGUCGGAGAUGGAAUCCCUGGCCCUGGAGGUUGGCAUUUGCGAGGGAAGCAUUCCGGAGUACAUUUUCUCCUCCGGUGACGACGGCAGUAGUUUCCGAACGAAAAUGGUCCACGAGCUCAUGAUGGUUGUUGGCUACACUUUUGCGAACGACAACAUGGCGAAUUAUCCACCGGGCAAGGAUACUCGGCUCUACAAGGCCUGUGAAAUAUUUACCUACAAGGAUCUAUCGCCCACCAAAAAGGUCGAGACACUCCUGACGGAGCGGUUGAAUCUUGGUUCGAGAACGCAGCGAUAUCCACGCCUCACGUACAACAACCACGACGCACCGGGGUCGUCGCCCUCACCGCCUCCAACGUGUUGGAGCAUGAACCGACAGCUGCCCUCGGGACCCAACGCCACCAUCACCGGAGGAGACUGGAGCGGCGACGGAACCGGACCCGACGGAGAAUCCUGGGACUUUCAGACCUGCACGCUGCUGGUGGAGGCCAUUGGAUUUUCGGAGGAGUCUAUGUUCCCCGCUCGAAAUUGGACUAUGGAGUGGUUAGAGGAUCAUUGCAUGUCUCGUUUUGGUGUUAAUCCACGGCCGAAGGAGCUGGUGGAGCGGUUCGGCUUCAACGACCUGAUUUCGAACAACGUGACCAAGAUUCUCUUUACGAAUGGACUCAAGGUAAGCGAAACAACAGUGGGAUCUACAGAACGAAAGUAGCUGGGUUUGCGUUCCAACCAAGAAUAUUAUUUGUUGGAUGCUACACCCGAUAUGCUCACACUUUCCAUGCGUCAAUCCGAACCCAACAAAUAGGACGGGUGGUCCGUCAGCGGCAUCCAGACCAAUUUGAGCGAGUCACUGAUUGCUCUCAACUUUGAAAACGGGGCGCACCAUUCGGAUCUGAAUCACGUGGGACCGAGCCCACGGGAUAGCGACGAUAUCCAAGAAGGAUACAGAUUCGUUGCUCGAUUGUUGGGAGAUUGGCUUGGUGAAUUGCGCAAUGAUUUCGGUGGCCCCAGUACAAUUGGUAAUAUACAGUAGGGAGUGAGACGAUGACGAACAAAAGAAACAAACUAGAGUCAUUAUUGAAUCAUGAUGCCGUGUGUGGCCUCAGCUUGCUCUACUGAUGCAAGUUAUGACGCGUUUCUGUGAGACGCUUUCAUCCACCGCAUAUUUCAUUCAUUCUAAGGAAGCAAAGAAGUCAUCUAGAUCUUCUUCUCCAUCAGGUUCAUCCCCAUUGCGUUGCUCUUCUAUGCCUUCUGACUUAGUUAUAUGAGUCGGAUGUUCCGCUAUCCCUGUCGUCUGAAGUGACUCUUUUGUAAUUGUUGGUGUUGGCACUCCUACUUUCGAGUACAGAGCUGUCGCGGAACCAUUCAGCCCCUGUUUUUUAGUCACCUCGUGAUAGGGAUCCGAUGGCUGGACACAGAGGAUAGAUCCUCCCGGCAACUCGCAUCCAUUGACCUUGGGAACGAGUAGCGAUCACGAAUGGGAACGACAUUGACGAUGAUGGUAUUUGGAUUUGCGGACGCGUUGGUUGAGAAACAUGGUUACAAAAGUUUACACAUUUUGACUCCUCCAAAUGCAAUUCGAAGGUACUUAUACCGUUGAAAUCGGCGAUUGCUUGAAUUGGUCAGCCAGAGAAACCUUCGCAGCAGACAUGGUUGUAUGGAAAUUCGUCACGUCGCAACAAUGGGAACCAACAAAAAACACACUCGUUCCAUUUUUUCCCACUUUUUCAUUUUUGAGAGCAGUGCUACUUCGUGCCUUCUCGCGUGUCAUUGUCGGCGUAUUCGAUAAUAAUAAAAACAUACUACAUACCUGUGAGCAAACCGAUUCCGUCAAGGAUGCCUCAUCGUCUUCCCCGUUCAAUGAGUAUAUAACAAGUGCAUCACCCUUCCUCCUCCCGCUACUCUUGUGUACGUAAAAAUGCACUUUGCGAAGACUUCCGUAGCUUGCAAACAGCGCACGGAUUGUUUCAUCGUCGACGGAUCCGUCGGUGGGAAUAUUCGAGACAUAAAUUGCGAACGAUCUACUACCCCCUCCAGUUCCGUUCGCAUCGUCCUUUUUGUGGUUCGAGGCGUUGGUGUAAUUUCUGAGGCUCUGAGGAAGAGCCGUUCGUUGUCGUUUGCAUUCUGCCUUUCUUCUUUGCUUGGUUCCAAUUCCCGCCCCACUCGUAUUAAUGUCGUUCC